AACAAAAAACUAAGAUGCCACCAAGAACCUGCCUUAUAAUAAAUCCUAUAACCCUCUUUUCUUCUUCUCCUAUUCAACCAAACUCCUCGCCACCUAUAACGCCCUUAAGCUCCUUUCGAAGAAAUCCCACAAAAUAAAGUCUUUUGCAAUCCAUUCAUCUGUUAAUCUUUCUUUCUAUAACAAAAAGGAAGGAUUUUUCGAUUGUAUAUUAGAGAGAGAUAAUGGAGGAGAUGGCUGGUGCUGCAUCUGCGUCAUCUAUCCAUAACACUGUUUCUUCUUCUUCAUCAUCAUCAUCAUCUUCAUUUGGUUCUUCCAUAUUCACCAAUUAUCCUCUCAUUGCUGCUUUCAGUGCCUUCGCUAUUGCCCAAUCUACCAAGCUCUUCACUUCCUGGUAUAAGGAAAGGCGAUGGGAUCUCAAGCAACUUGUUGGGUCUGGAGGAAUGCCAUCAUCCCAUUCUGCUACAGUUACUGCACUUGCCAUGGCCAUUGGGUUCCAGGAAGGCUUUGGAGGAUCAUUGUUUGCAACCGCAUUAAUCUUAGCUUGUGUUGUGAUGUAUGAUGCAAGUGGUGUAAGACUGCAGGCUGGGCGCCAGGCAGAGGUCUUGAAUCAAAUUGUAUAUGAGCUUCCUGCUGAGCAUCCUCUGGCAGAAAGCAGACCUCUACGUGAACUUCUUGGUCACACUCCUCCUCAGGUUAUUGCUGGUGGUUUGCUUGGGAUUGUGACAGCAGUUGUUGGCCAUUUAAUUACAGUGACAAGCAGUUAAAGUUGAUGCACAAGGAAAUCAUAGCCAUCUUGCAGCACAUCUGAUGGCUAUGAAUCUGAUCACACUAUAGGACAGAAUUGCAACUUGCAGUCUUUGUGACAAAAAAUGGUUCUUAAAAGCUUGGAAUGAUAAGUUUGUGCUGUGUCUAGCUCAGCACCUUCUUCCAUUAAAACUCACUUUAUGUUCAUUCUAAUGGUAAAUGGCAACAUUUUAGCUAUAUAAUUUGAUUGGUUGCAGAACUUGCAGUAUAUGCUGUAAUGUCACAUUACAUAUACUAAAGGUUGAACAGCACACAAUUCUUGUAAAAUGCAAUGAAAAUUACAGGAAUUCAAGCUAGUCUAUCUUUGUAAUUAUGGGAGAAA